UCCUCCAGGAGUGUGAAUCGUGUGAUGGAGAGAGUGAUGGCGAGGCACUAUGACUUUGACCUCACCUACAUCACUGAGCGGAUCAUCUCUGUCUUCUUUCUGCCUCACCUGGAAGAACAACGUUACCGUGGCAACCUACAGGAAGUGGCUGCUAUGCUCAAGUCCAAACAUCAAGAUAAAUUCCUGCUCUUAAACCUGUCUGAGAAGCGUCAUGACAUCACACGACUCAACCCCAAGGUUGAAGACUUUGGUUGGCCCGACCUGCACGCCCCUCCGCUGGACAAGAUCUGUGCCAUGUGUAAGGUCAUGGAGACCUGGCUGACCUCUGACCCCAGCAACGUGAUCGUCCUUCACUGCAAGGGAAACACAGGAAAGAUGGGGGUCAUUGUGGGUGCCUACAUGCACUACAGCAAGAUUUCUGCAGGGGCGGACCAGGCCCUGACCACUCUGGCCAUGAGGAAGUUCUGUGAGGAUAAAGUCUCCUCCUCGCUACAGCCCUCCCAGAACAGGUAUAUGUACUACUUUGGGGGUCUGCUGUCGGGGGCGAUCAAGAUGAACAGCAGUCCUCUGUACCUUCACCAUGUUCUGAUCCCCAGCCUGCCCAACUUCCAGGCAGCAGGGGGAGGUUACUAUCCUUUCCUGAAGAUCUACCAGUCUCUACAGCUGGUCUACACCUCGGGCAUCUACGACCCCCAGGGCUCCAGGGCGAGGAAGCUAUGUGUGACGCUCGAGCCGGCGCUACUGUUGAAGGGGGACAUCAUGGUGAAGUGCUACCACCGGCGGUCGCGUGGCUCAGAGAGGGAGGCGGUGUUCAGGCUGCAGUUCCACACCUGUACGGUCCACGGAGCUCAGCUGUGGUUCGGCAAGGGAGAGCUGGACCUGGCCUGUGCAGAUGACCGCUUCCCUCCAGAUGCUACGGUGGAGUUUAUCUUCUCCUACGGCCCAGAGAAAAUGAAAGGGCGAGAGUACCGUACGAAUGACCCAUCUGUUACAGUGGACUGCAACACCUCAGACCCAGUGAUGCGCUGGGACUCCUAUGAGAACUUCAAUCUGCACCACCAGGAUAGCACUGAGGACAUCUCCCACACGCGUGGUCCUCUGGAUGGCAGCCUGUACGCCCAGGUGAAGAAGCAUCGAGGCCGGGGCUCUCCCAAUGCAUGCCCCACAGGCAACCCCACAGCCAAGCCCCCUCCACUGGCCCAGCCUCAAUCUCAACCUCAGCCCCUGUCCCUUAGCUCUGACUCGGGACACUCCUCCACCCCCUCCGAACACAUGGAGGGCCCCCCUCCUUGCCCCCUGUCCCGUCUGGAGAAAGAGAAGGAGGUGGUGGACUGUCUACUGCGGAGGGGGGAGGGUGGAGAGAGAGACAGGGCGAUGGAGAGGGACCGGGAAACGGCAAUUUUGGAUGAUGGAGACUCUGUUCCAGAAGGAGGGUUGAGGAGGGAGCAGUGGUCAUGUUGCYUUCGAGCGGGCCACGGUCGAAGAUGUCAGAGAUGUGGGGACGCAUCGGGUUUUGAGAGGGAGCCGUACUUUGCUAAAGGACAUUGUAUGGCCCGCUGUAACAGCAGCACCAAAGGCAACCCAAAGACCCGAGCAUUACCCGCCUUACCCUCCCAGCAGCCGGUGUCUCCUCACCCCCUGGAGCCCCAUCUGGACAUGUGCCAUCGCCAUAGCGCCCAUCCCCUGCCCAAGUUGCCGUGGGAAUGUCCCCCACCCUCUUUACCCUGUCUCCAUUGGCCAUGCUACCCCUACCCCGCCCCUGAACACGCCCACCCAAACUCCCACACCAUCCUSGCUUCCAAUAGGCUCUUCUGCGGUGGAGAGGAGUGUCGGGUCUUUCAUUACCCCGCCCCCCGCCCUGCCCCACCUCGCCUUUCCCACCAAUCCCUGCCUUCCAGCCCGUAUAGGGAGAUGUUUUUCAGCCCGGCGGCUCCUCCUCGCUCUGAUGGCUGCCCAUGCCAAGACUGCACCUGCAGGCGAGAGCACCAAUCGGCUUCGGACAGAGCCUUCCACCCGCUGUGCCCGGACCAACCAGAGAGCCUGCACUGGCCCCGAGGGCAGGACUCUGAGGUGUGGGACAGGGAUGCAGGGCUGAGGCGGGGAAGGGAGGGGCCUUCUCAGCUCUGGGAGCCGGAGAAUCCAUGGGAGGCAGAGAGAGAGGCAGAGUUUUGGCAACGGAGGUCAGUGGGAGGGAUGUCACCCUAUAUAGGCUGUCACUCCCCCCUGGGUCAGGGUACCAGGUACCCCAGCSCCCAACCCCUCCUGGACAACCCCGGUGGCAGCAGUGGGUACAACACACCCCAACCCCCCCGCCACUCCUGCCCUUGCUCUCCCUACCAGCAGGCCUCCCCCUCGGAGAGCCACGGGAGCCCGAGGUAUGCCUCGGGGUACCAGUCUGGGUCCACCUUACCCCUGCCCCCUGGUAGCCCAAACCCUGGUGACUCCCAAUCGGAACCACCCACCGACAGGCAGCAACAGACUGAUGGACACACUUGUGCAUCAGAUGUGGUGCAAAACAGUGUGGGUAUGGAGGACUCUUCUUCCCAGGGGUCAUUGGGGCAAAGUGAGAAGAAGCCAGAUGAACAGACAUUUGACGACACUGUAGAAGGUUCCCCCCUGAGUCCUCCAGACGGUCCCCAGGAGCCAAGUCAAGGGCCCCAGCAGAUAGAGCCCCUCAGUUGGACCCCCGUUUCUGCAGAGCCAGCCUCCACCUCCACCAUCCUGGAGCCUAACACCAAUAGUAACAGUAGCACGCCGGAGACCGAAAGGACACCGCACCAAGCCGUAAAAUCCACAACGACACCGACACCAUCGAAAGAUUCACAAAACCAAGGCAGUGACAGCUGUUCUAAAGAGUCCAUACAGAUGCUGAGUGAAUGUGUGAACCCAAGUGACUCACAACAAGUGCACACUGUAAGUGCAAAUGUGCAUCCACCUCCCACUACAGCUGAGGAUGGAGAAUUGAAGGUCGUGGAGAGAGUACUAGAGAUGUCCACUCAGACCGCUGCCGUCCCGAGCGCAAGGCAUUCAAUCGUCCCUGUCCAAGUGAAACUCAAUGGUAGCGGCUCACCCCAAUCAGAAAGAGGCUGCAGUGCAUCACCGAGCCCUUGCUCUACCCUCAGCUCUGCCCCUCCUUCACCACACCUUUACAUUGGCUCCCCAGAGCGACGUCCCUCCCCUCAGCCCUCUCCAUUGGCCAUGGACCCAGCUGGGCGGAGACUUACCCCUGUGAGUGACAGUGACCCCAAAACCCCAUCCCCUGUCCCUGACGGGUACAACACCCCCACCUUCCCCCUGGCGCCCUACUACUAUCCCCUUCUCAACAUCCCCCACGUCCCAUACUCGGGGUACACCGCUGUCACUAUCCCCGCCGCCCAGCCCCCACUCCCGGAAAAGAGGCGCCUGUCUUCCAUGCCAGGGUACUGCAGUGGGCAUGGCUCCCAGUACAUCCUGAGUUCCUCCCUGGGUGCCAUAGGUACCUCUCCCCAAUCUAGCCCCCUCCACGUUACCGUCUCCCCCUCGGUGGGGGUGGGGGGGCUCCCCCUGCCGGUCAGACGAGGACUGGCGCCCCCUUUUGUCAGAGAGGAAAGCAGCAAAGUCAAUGCCAAGUUUGUACAGGACAGCUCUAAGUUCUGGUACAAGCCUGGCAUCUCCAGAGACCAAGCCAUCGCUGUGUUGAAGGACAAAGAGCCCGGCUCCUUCCUGAUCGGAACAGUAACCCUUUCAAGGGGCAUACGGUCUGCCCUCAAGGUGGCCAGCCAUCCUUCAAACAACAUCAACAACAACAAAGUGGUUGAUCAGGAGCAUCUGGUCAGACACUUCCUCAUUGAGACAGGCUCUCGGGGGGUCAAGAUAAAGGGCUGUCAGAAUGAGUCCUAUUUCGGAAGUUUAUCUGCCUUGGUGUACCAGCGCUCACUCACCCCUAUCUCCCUGCCRUGCGCCCUAUGCAUCCCUGAGAAAGAUCUGGUCGGAGAGCUGCAGAGUGCCAGCAACACCAGUACGGCAGCUGACCUCCUCAAACAGGGCGCAGCCUGUAACAUGCUCUACCUAAACUCUGUGGAGACAGAGUCACUAACGGGGCCUCAGGCUGUCUCCAAGGCGAUCAGGUGCACUCUGACCCAGAGUCCUCAGCCCAUGGCCACCAUGGUCCACUUCAAAGUGUCCACUCAGGGCAUCACGCUGACCGACAGUCAAAGGAGACUCUUCUUCAGGAGACACUACCCCAUCAACAGUGUGACCUUCAGCAGCGUGGAUCCUCAGGACAAGAGGUGGACUAAUUCUGAUAACAAGUCAAGCAAGGUGUUUGGUUUCGUGGCCAGGCGGACUGGCAGCACAUCGGAGAAUGUGUGUCACCUGUUUGCCGAGAUGGACCCAGAGCAGCCGGCUGUGGCCAUCGUCAACUUCAUCAACAAGGUCAUGCUGGGGCCCCAGCAGCAGCAACGCAGAUGAGUUAGUACUCCCAGGGGCCACAGAGAAAGGGCAUAACUGGGUGUAAAUCGGUGUGUGGGAGGAAAUUGGUGGUUUGGGUAUGUGUGUCUGCAAAUUGGUCUGUCUGUGUGUGUGUUUUUGCAUGUUUGAAGACAGCUGUCAACUGGUGAGGAACCGGAUUGGGCACAAUCAUGUCCAUCAGGACGGUAUAUUACAAAGGUACAGAAUAACUUUUGAGGUGAUAGCUUUAAGCUUUUCCUCUACAAUUGAGUGGAUUAACACCACCUCUGCCUGGGGAGAUUUUGCAUUGAAUUAUUUUGUAACGUCCAUUCAGUUACUGUUUGCCAUCACCUUUCAUUUAAUCAUGUUAUUCAUGACUAUGAAGUAUUUGUAAUUUUAAAUAGGCAAGCCUUGUCAAAGCCUGUACGAUGUCAAUGACUACCCAGUUUGCACAAAUGCAGAUAUGGAAAAUCACUUGUUUUGUUGGUCAGUAUUAUGUUACCCAAUGUCUGUAUAGUCAACCUCUUUGAAGAGAAAACAGUCUGGAAGGGGGUUAUACAGUAAAUACACUGAGUGGACAAAACAUUAAGAACACCUGCUCUUUCCAUGACCAGGUGAAUCCAGGUGAAAGCUACGA